GACGGGCGAGUAAUCAGUUAUUGCGUUUUUAAUUCUUUGAUUUGUGAAUAUCUAAUUUAUUAAAGGUGAAAGAGGGACAACUUUUCUAGAUUAGUUUUCAAAUAGGAUAAUCGUCACUUCGAAAUGCGUCGUAAAUCCUCCAGGAAUACAAGAAAUUUAUCUCCAGAAAAAGCAAAAUCAGAGUUGCAAAGGAAAUCGCAUAGACAGUCGUCUAAAAGGCGAAAGAGAUCGUCUUCAAGAUCAAGCGAAGAGUUAGAUGAGCUGCAACCUGAUGCUAAAAGUUCCGUUCUUGCACAAAAUAGCGCAUCAUCCGUAGAUGUAAAAUCUGACACUGAAACAAAAAUUAAUGAUGUAUCCGUAGAGUCUUUUGCAAGUGACAGUAACAUACAAGGUGAAAUCAACAUAGACGGACAAAAUCCAAAGGAAAUAUCUUCAGUUUAUGUUCAAGAACAUAGCUCCAUAUCAAAUAAUGAUAAGGAUUUUGAAGAAGGGAAAGAAGGUAUUGAAGAUAUGGAAGAGAAAAUAAACAAAGGUAAGUCUAAAGGUAAAAAUAACUCAAACUUUGAACAAUCUUCGGUUAUUAUUGAGCCUGAAACUGAAAAUGAAAAUGUACAGGGGACACAUCAGUCACCCUCUAAUGAUAAUGCUGAUAAUGAAAAUGUUGUUCAAAAUGUAAAUGAUACUCCGAAAUUCGACUCCAAGGCACAAGAUGGCAACAAACUUGAAGAUACUGUAGCGACUCAAAGUGAAGAUCAACAACAGAAAGUGCUAGAAGCAGGUUUUGUGAGUGAAUAUGCUGAGAUAAAUGAAUCUUCUCAAAAUAUCGAUAGUAAUGCCGUGUCUCAAAAAAAUUGCGAUGAAAAACCCGGAAUUAAUCCCACUGAAGAGGCUUCAGAAUGUAACAAUGGAAACGAUAAACUGAAAAAGUCUUCUAGUGAAGAAUACGAAAAAUCCAAACAUCGUGAUAGUUCUGGUUCUAAAAAAAGAAUCACUCUGAGAAGAUCCCCACCUGAAAAUAAAGAAACUGGCAAGAUUGAAAGUUCUGCUCUGAAAAUUGAAAUGUCUAAUUCCGCUGAUGAAAACAAGAAAACUGAUGAAACAAAACAAAGUAAAAAAAUUACUUUGAAGAGACAUACCACCGAUGACAGUAAUAUUAGUGAGGCACAAUCUGACAACAAAAACGUUAGUAUUUCCCGUAGUUUAUCGGAAGAGAUUGUAGAGAGGAAAACGAGACUGAGUAAUUUGUCUGAAGAGAAAGAGCAGAGCAAAGAAGGGAAAGCUAAUAAGGCAUUUAAGCAAAUAAAAUUAAUAAGGACCCUUUCGCGAGAUGGUUCCGACGGCGAGGAAAAGACUAAAAGGGUCGCCCUGAGACGACAAAGUUGGACGCGAUCCGAUUGGUUGAAUAAGCUCACAUCCUCGUUUUAUAAAGUGGACGUGGAAUCCAUAAAAAUCGUCUGCCCCAGUCUAGAAUUCCUUAACGAAAACGAGGUCGUCUUAGAGUCGACUCCCAGGGAACGAAAAAAAUCGGAGAGCGAGCAUAAGAGAAAAGCGUCCAUUGACAACAGGUCUGAAGAUUCCGACAGACCGGAUUAUGAAAAGCAGAUCUCGGAAGAUUCGUCUGGGGAGGCGAAAGUCGAAUCCAAUUCCAACAUAAUAGCCAUGAACAGGAAAAUAAGCAUCGUGGACGACACUGCGAGCAAAUUACUCCCGCCUCCCAGUCCAGCCAAGAAUCCCACUUCUGACGUGCUGUUCAUCACCAACUUGGUGAGACCGUUCACUGUGAAACAGCUGAAGGAGCUUUUGGAGCGGACGGGGAAAAUUAAGGAGGAGGGGUUUUGGACGGACCGGAUCAAGUCGAAAUGUUACGUGCAGUAUGAGACUUCCGAGGAAGCAGAGGCGACCAGGAACGCCCUGCACGGGGUCCACUGGCCCAUCGGGAACGGCAAGAAACUGGUCAUAGAUUACGCCACGGCGGAAGACCUGGACAAGGCGAAGAAUCCAGCUCCGGCCCCCGUUGUUCUUCCCGAGAAGUUACCCGAGAAAGAGAAUAGGGAACCGGAAAGGGGGGACGUCAAAGGCAAGGACAGGGACCGGGAGGACAGGAAGAAGAGGGACGCUCCGAUUCGCGAGUGGGAUUUGGGGAAGGAAGACCCACAUAGGAGGUUCUCGAGGAGUAGGAGCAGGAGCAGGGCAAGAUCGAGGAAACACAGUCGCCGGUCUUACACGCCAGAAGAUUACAUCAGUAAUAAGAAAAGAAAAAAUGAGGAUUCGGUUCCGCAAAAGUUGAUGGAUGACUUGUUUUUAAAGACCAAAGCUACACCGAGCAUAUACUGGCAACCCCUUACUCCAGAAGAAAUAGUGACGAAGCAGCAGCAGAGGCUGGUUCGCAUGGAGGAGCACAAGCGGAGGAUAGAAGAGAAUAGGGGGCGUGCGAGGGACGGCAGGCGUAUCCCGUUCAGAAGGCGUUAACGUUCUCAUUUUUUCAGAUUUUUUUCAGAGAUAAGGUUUAAAUGUGUGCAUGUGGAAAUCGCGUGGGUGUGUGCGUGUGUGGUUUUUUUCCCCCCUCCUUUUCUCUCCUCCCCUCUCCUUUGACGACUCUACUUUCCGUAAAUUUCCCAUUUCGGUGUGCGAGAGCGAACGCGUGCGGAUCUCCAGUAACCCUGAUUUUUAUAGGAUUCCAGCCUCAUCGUCCGAGUAAAGUCUCUUCCACGAGGGAUGCACGUAGUCGAGGAAGAUUUCUAAUUUGUCGAUUGUCGGUUGUCCGUUAUUAACUGUACCGUGGCCGACAGACACCAGUGUGGCAAUAUCGCACAAGCCGUUUUAAAUUUGUGACGAUAUCUUAGCAGAUUGUCUUAAAUGUUAUGCAACAUUCUCAACUUACUGGAUAUAAGUUACUAAUUGUAAAAAUUAAACGAGUUUAGUUUAAUAAUAAAUCUUUAUUUAAACCAUUUA